AUGGCAAAUAACACGAAUAAAAUAGAUUUAUUUCAUUUAUCGAGCUCACCAUCAUGUGAAGACUUUGAAAGUAUGAUCAACUACAUGAAUUCCCCAUCUAGUGAUUUGUCAAAUGUGACGGAAGUGACUAAUACUGAACUAUUACGGUCGUUGAAUUGUCUGCCAAAGCCAUAUCCAGGUGUUCAAGGAAUAAAAAAAUGGAUAGCAUCAUUAAUCUUACUUGUAUUUCUUUUAUGUGGCCUAGUUGGAAAUAUUCUAUCGGCAACAAUCAUGUUUCGACGUUCACGUCGUGGCCUUUCAUCUUAUUUCUAUUUAGCUUUAUUGGCUAUUGCGGACAUUUGCGUUCUUUAUUCUGGUGGUCUUUUAUCUCUGUUCGAUAUAGCUUUUAAUUACCAGCCGGAACUGCAGUCAACAAUCUAUUGUCGUCUUGUCUCCUAUAUUAGACACUUAUUUACAUAUUUAUCAGCUUGGCUUAUUGUGGCGGUGACAAUUGAACGUUUUAUUGUUGUGCGUUUUCCACUUCAAUCUAUUUAUAUAUGUCGUUUGUAUGUUGCCUAUGGUAUAACAUUAUUUAUCCUUCUAUUUUUUUCAACUUACACAUCCCAUUGCUUUUUUACAAUGGAUAUUCAACGUGUCAGCUUACAAACACAUGACGGCUAUCAUCCUAAUUUUAAGUCUUGCAGUCUGACUAAAUAUAGAGGUGUACUAUCAUCUCUUGAUCUAUGCUUUUAUAGCAUUAUACCGUCAUUAUUAAUUAUUAUUUUCAAUAUAUUAAUCAUAUUAACUAUGUAUUAUGCGAUAAAACAACGACGAAAUUAUUUACAAGCAAAUAGUUAUUUGCCAACAACGAAUACGAGUCAAGGGAAACAUGUUCAAAAAAACAAAAGUUCAUCAUCGAAUCGUUCACCGUUUUUUCGAAGUCGUUCAGGAGAAUCAACACCCGUUGGCCAUACGUUUAUGUCGCAUGGUCAAUUAUAUCAUGUUCGAUCGAGUAAAACUGGUUUUCAACAGAAAUCUCAACGAAUUCUAUUCGACUCAACAACUGCAACAGGAAUGCGUUUAACGCUUUCAUUGCUAAUAAUAUCUUUCAUAUUUGUUCUUGGUACAUUUCCUGUUUCAAUUCGUUUGUUAAUACUCGACAAUUUUCCUGAACAAAAAAAGAAAUCACAUUGGCAAAUAACACAACUUUGUCUAACGGUUUUAAUGUAUUUCAAUCAUACAGUUAACUUUGUACUCUAUUGCUUAACUGGUCGAGCAUUUCGACGUGACUGCCGAAAACUUCUCGGUGAUCUAUGGAGAUUGAAAGAUAUUCAUAUAUCAUGUAUUAUAAAUCCGAAUCUGGAUAAACACCAUCAAUAUCAUCAACAAAUGACUAUUAUCAACCGAAAUCAUCUCAACAAUCCGCAUAAACAUCAACAACAACGUAUGCAAAGAUCAUAUUUGUAA